AUGGAACCGCAAAAUCAGCAACAAAUCCAAUCCCAAGAAACACCCGAGCAACUUCAACCAAAAUUAAUAGUAAUUGCAAAUCUAAUCGCGCUUUGCUAUUUUUUGUUGGCAAUAGACAAGAUUACAACAUGUGUAGAAAAUGCCAUCAACGCCAAAGUGACGUUGCAGACAAUCUCGAAGGUUACAGCCUCGACGCAUAUGCUGUUGACGGAUACCAUCACUACGAAGCAUAUUGAACAGAACCAUGAAGAAAGUUCGGCUAUUCUUUCCUUUUUCGAUGCUCGCAAGAUUUCCAUGUGCAGGAUCAAGCUGACAUUCAUUUACGAUUGUAUCGGCGUAUGCCAACUUUCUUGUGCAAUGGCUGCAUCAGCGGCAUGGUCGAUAGUGAAUGAUCCACGGAUUCGAAUUGUACACAACAACCGCCAAUCGAACGCGCAGCGUCUUCCGAACACGACAAUUGUUGUAGCAUGUCUCUGCGAUGCUGCAAAUGCCAUCGACUUGGAUGCACAACAGCUGCAUCGUAACAUUAUCUGUCAGCUUUGA